AUGGAUGUAAGCACAAAUGCCAGAAAACAAAAGAAAUAUCGUGAUAAUAUAAACAAUAUAUUAGACAAGAAAGAACAAAAAUUACAAUCAAGAAAUGAUAAUGGUACAACAAAUGUUAUGGAUUUUAGUAAUGAUGAUAAUUAUAUGAAUAUUAGUCAUGGUGAAAAUGAGGUGAACAUCAGUGGUGACGAAGAAAAUCUUACUGUUGAUAAUAAUGACCAAGACAUUGAAAGAUUUUUUGAAGCGAUCGAUUUAGAUGACAAGAUGAAUGAAGAAGAUGACGAUGAUGAUAGCAACAACGAUGGUGAUAAUGCGGAGGAAGAUGACAAUGAUAUUGAAACAGGAAAUGAAACAUUAUAUCAAGGUUUUAUUUUA